AACUCCCCCUAGCAAAGCCUGUGCGGGGAGGCGAGCCCAGUUCCAGGAGGGUCUUCGCUGCAUGCAAGAAAAUGUCUUUGCAAGGCUGUGCUGUAUGUUGACUGUUAGCAUCUAGUGAUCUCUGUAUGUCAAGUGCAUGUUUAUGCUGUAGACAGCUACUUCACUGCCAAAAUGACAUCUUCGACCUCUGAACAGUAUCCAGCAUCUGAGAAUGCCUGCGGAAUCGCACUUGGACAAGCUAACCAGGUACAACCGAAACUGCCACUCCUGAAGAUUCUGCAAGCAGCAGGUGCACACGGUGAAACCUUCACAUUGAAGGAGGUCAUGCAUUACCUGGGACAGUAUAUAAUGGUGAGGCAGCUAUACGAUAAGCGGCAACAGCACAUGGUGUACUGUGGAGGGGAUCAGCUGGGAGAAUUGCUGGGACUGGAGAGCUUCUCUGUGAAAGAUCCAAGCCCUGUUUAUGACAUGCUGAAAAGGAACCUGACUUCUGUUACUAUUACAGAUGCUGCACAGACUCUUGCUCUCGCAAAGGAUCAGAGCGUCGAUAAUCCAAGCCAAGACCAACUGAAGACUAGCACAGAGGGAAGCUCUGACACUGAGGGAACGGAGGACAAAAGUGGUGCUCCUGCUUUGUCUACCUCACAGCGCAGCUAUGGAAACUGCGAAGACAAAGACUUAAUAGAAAACCUCUCAAAAAGCAAGAAGCCCAAGCUGGAUCUGGUAUUUGAGGAGUGGGAUGUAGCUGGCCUUCCAUGGUGGUUUUUAGGAAAUCUGAGAAACAACUACAAGUCCAGAAGUAACGGGUCAACAGACAUACAGACCAACCAGGACAUAGACACUGCCAUUGUUUCAGAUACUACUGAUGACUUGUGGUUCCUCAAUGAAUCUGCGUCGGAUCAAUUCAAUGUUGCCGUCAAAGUGGAGACAGUGGACUGUGAAGAAGUGGCGAAAGAGAGUGACAAAAAGGUGAUUGAGGUUACGUGUACUGAUGACCUCGAGGAUUCUCAGUCCCUAAGUGACGACACAGAUGUAGAAGCUGCCUCUGAGGACUGCUGGCAAUGCACCAAAUGUAAGAAGUUUAACUCUCCAGUCAAACGGUACUGUUACCGCUGCUGGGCCUUACGGAAGGACUGGUACUCGGAUUGCCCCAGACUAGCUCAUUCUCUCUCUCUGUCCACCAUUGAUACUAUUCAAGGCAAAAAGGAUGAUGAGGGAAUCGAUGUCCCAGACUGCAGAAGGACCGUGUCUGCUCCAGUUUGCCGACCCAAAGAUCUGCACACAGGUGAAUGUGAGUCCCAUGUAGACCCUGGCAGCUCUAUGGAGUCCCUGGGUUUGACACACGAAUGCAAGGUCCAGGAGCCACAGAUGCAUUUUGGUGAACACAAAAAGGAAGAAGUAGUAGAAUGGCAAGAGAAUAUAAAAAAUUUGUUGAAUCCCUGCAUUCUAUGCCAGAAGAGGCCACGGGAUGGGAAUAUUAUCCAUGGACGGUCUGGUCACCUAGUAGCUUGCUUCAAAUGUGCGAAAAAGCUGAAGAAAGGGAGAUUGCCAUGUCCAGUGUGCAAGAAACCGAUCCAGAUGGUGAUCAGAAUCUUCGUGGGGUAGCUGUGCCGCUGCAAGGUGCUUCAGGGACUUAAAUGGUCACUAGUCAGGGGACAUCUGCCACAAGGUUUACGUUAGUGUCUAUGGUGCUACAAGGGAGCCUAAUUAUGUAACGCAGCUAAAGAACAGGGGUCCCAAACUGACAAAGAAAGUUGAGGAAUCCCCGAAAUGAAAUGCAACAAUGUUUGGUUUUUAGUGUCAGUUUACGUUCCUGGGGCCUGACUGAUUUUAGAAUUUCUAAAUCCUUUACUUUCCAAGUUCUAGAGGAGAUGAUUUCACCCGCAUGGUCUUGUUUUCAUAACUGAUCCUUGCAGAAGCCAGAUGGUUAAUAAAUAAAUAUUUAACUCUGGUUGGUUGUAUGCUCUGCAGUAAGCUAAACUCUGUGCAGUGCCUGAAAAUAGAAAGCACAGGGUGGGAGGAGAGUGUGUCUGUGUGUACAUACAUGUACGCUGGAUUCUCCAAGGAUCAGUUCUCAGAAGAGUAAUGGUGAACGGGGGUUACAAGACUUCUAACUCUCUUCAGUAUUUUGUAAGAUUGGGUUGAGACACUCCCCAAAAUCCAUAAUGAAAAACAAACCUCCCCAACUUUUAAUCAAUAUGUAAACCACCCUGUAUGAUUUAGCAAUCAUGCAAGAGCAAGGUGUCAUGUCUUGCUCUCUUAAUGGAUCCUUUUUAAUUAAAAUACAGUGUUGGGGACCAGUUCCUCGGCUGCUGCCAAUCGGCAUAGCUCAGUCAACUCAAUGCUAAUUGACACCAGCUGUGGAUCUGGCCCUUAGGUUAGGUGUGCACUUACAGCAGUUGUGCGUGUAUAUACGAGCAUUCUAAUGCUCAUAAUUAGCCCCUCACACCUACAGCUGUUUUAACUGCAUCCCUACCUUUUUUAAGCUGGCUGAUCAUUUGAGAAAAGUCUCUAUUUAAAGUGCUAGUGAGAUUUACUAAUGACUAAUGUGCAAUUUUGAAAAAUAAGUCCUUUAUCUUUGUGUGCCACCUGACAGCUGGUUUAUCUAAGGAACUGUUGCGUGGUGUUAGUCACACUUGGACCCUCUUCAAUUUGAUUUAAUUUCGUACAGGUUUUAACUCGUCUCAGAAUCCUUCUGCGGUAUUCUUAUCUGCACAGUGUAAUAGAGGGUCCAUCUGCCGCUAGAAUUGGUAGUUUUAAACUGUUGUUACAUUCUUUCUUAAAGAGCACACCCUAGGUAUCUACCCACAUCUUUCUCAACCCCCAUCUGCAGGAAGGAGCUCCAGGGGUUGAAGGCUGCCUCAAGGAGAGCAUCCUCUAUUGUCCCUUGUGGAGGUUGGUCAGGAUUUGCCCAUGUGGGGAAGGCUGUGGAGUGCCUGUCCUCAAACCUGAGGGAUCUAUAGGGGAACAGGGUCAUUCACAUUCCACUGGACCCACGCUACCAGAGUACCAGACUCCCGCCUACAGCCACAGCUACCCUGGGGACCCCUGAGGGUUUGAGUAAUUUCCACUGGGCAGGUGGAGAAUCACUGGGCACCCAUGUUCCAUUCUCCUCUGGCCUGCUCUAUCUCUAUCCUGUUCCCCAGCAUGGACCUCGGACCAUGUGCAAAGGCAUCUGCAGGGUCCAAGGGGAGGAGACAGUGCUGUGGAAGCACACGAUCUUACCAAAUGCAGAGUCUCCUCCAGGCUAGAUCAGGACCCUAUAGAUCUAUGCAUAUCAGUUGGCUGUAAAGCAGGUAUAUAGCCCUUCUCCUGCUGCACUUUCCCUUCUCUCCUGCAGAGCUAUAGCCAUAAUUACAGCUCACUAUGUAGAGUAAAUUUACUUACCUCCAUCCCUCCUCAAAACACACACCCCUUUUAGCACCUUUAUUUUAUUUCCUACUUAUUUAAAAUAAAUAAAAACCUAGAAAAAAUAAAGAUGGCCAACACCUGUUAGAUCCCAUUUAGCCCAGCACUCCCUGGCCACCGCAGGUUGCUCUCAACAAUGUGUUAUCCAAGGUUUUGUCCAGGCCUGUUUAAAAUAGUUCUAGGGUGGACGCUGUCACUUCUCUGUUUUGAAUACCAAGAAAUGUUCAUUCGGUGUAGCAGCUCAGUACACUGGGAAGCCAUAGUUCUUUGUCAAUAGAAUACACAUUGUGGGGUUGCAUCUUCUGCUGUGAAGACUAUGGGCUCCUCCAAAGAGAUGGAUUAUUUGAUCUACCAGGUGUUUACCUUCUAACUAUUAAGAUCCACAUACCUGCCUUCUACUGUAAAGUGUCUAUCCAGUGCAAGUUGGGUGGGGAUUCCUAUUACUUGGGCCACCUAGACUGCCCUGUCUCUAGCAUGUGAUUUGGGGAAGAUUUUGCCUCCCCCUUCUGAACCAUCACUGCCAGCCAUUGCAGCUUGUGCUGUACAUCAUAGCCUUAUUGCCCAGAGUUCCCGAGGGUGUACAGUUCAACUGAGCCUGUAAAGCUGCAGGAGGCUUUACGUAUUCACAAAGAACUGUAGUUUCUUCUCUAGCUACAUUCCUUUUUGAUCUAGUAUUUUUAUCGUAGUCUUUCUAACUCCCUUCAUCUCCCUGGUAGAGACACAAAGCAGGUACAGGCACCCCACAAGGUUCCUCAGAGCAGCGCUUAGCACUCUGCUGCUGAAGCAGCUCUAUCUCCAAAGUUUCACAUGGGAAGGGAAGGGAGAAUAUAUAGCAGGGACUGAUCAGUACCCUCUUAGCUAUGUUUGCAGAGGGGGCAGUGGCUCUCCUCUGGUUUAAUGUUGAGCGUGGGAGGAGGAGAGGGGAACGGAUCUCUUUUCCAUGGCUAUAAUCCAGGCUUUUCCUCUCUCCCUAUUGAUUUGUGGCUUUUAGUUAGAAAGCGCUACUACUGGGCAUAGGCUGACCAGCACAGCGCCAGGACUGGAUGUGCAGCUGACUAGCAGUACUUCGGUAGCUAUAAGUGAGCAAGUCUAAGCAGAACUGGGAACCAUUCCAUGCCGCUAAAUACUUGACACUCUUUCGGGUGGUUCUCAAAGCAACUUUUUCCUUCUCAAGUCCAAAACCAGUCUUUACCAUGUGUAAAGCCAGCUGUAAGUCUACGUCUGCCGGGGAAGGUCACAAAACCCAGCAGCACCAAAACCACGCUGAGCUUAUUCUUCCUCUGCAGGGAUGUGUGGAAUCAGAGCUAUCACUGCCAAAAGCACACCAAACCUGUUGGUGAUUCUGCAGUUAUAUUGACUUGACUUUGUUUUACCGUGUGAUGAUUACUGUGUCUGUUUUUAUUUGCUGUAAAUGUACAAAUGGAAUGAGUUUUGAUUUUAAACCACAAGUUAAGCUGCAGUGCACCAAAUUGCAGUUUCACAAUAUUGUUUUGCAAACAGGCCAGAUCACCGAUGGGUGUAAAUCAGCAUAGCUCUAUUGAAGUCAGUGGUGUUAUGCUGACUUGCACCAUUGGGGGUUCUGGCUCCAUAUCUGAAGCGCACUGGUAGCUUCCUUGCUGAAGGGUCACUAAAAUGAAGCUGACACACCUUAGCCUUCCUUUGGGCCGUAGUAGAUUUAGCAGAGUUUCCUUAUAAUAGUAUAGAAGUGGGAACUGUUAGUUACCAGCUUGCUGCCUUCCCUUUCUUUGGAUGUUUCUGCGGUCGACAAGGUGGAUGCUUGGGCAUAGACCUGAAAGCACAUCUUCUGGAUACUGUGAAUUUUGUUUUCCCUGUUGCCUUUAAAAGUGCAUUUUGUUAAGGGUUCUGAUUGAAUAGUUUUGAGACCGAAUGUGUUACGAAGUGUUUAGUCCGUUGACCAAAAAAACCUGAAAGUACAAUUUAUUGGGGAUAUAAUAUCCUUACUGAAACCCUAUUAAGAUGUGUAAUAUAUAUAAAGCUUGAGAUACUUGCCUUUAUUCAGUGGCUAAGAGUUAUAGGGAGUCUAAGUGGAAAUCCCCUUGUGUCAAAGGAAAGCCACAAUGAACAUUAGACAGUUCGGAGAUUUAUUUUUAUUAUGUAGCGAAUAUAAGAGUAGUAUUUCAGAAGCAUCAGCUUCUUUUUUGUACCCAUAUAACUAUUUUGCUUAAGGGUAUGAAUUUUGUCCCAUGAAAUAGUUAUACCAGUGCAAUGCUAGUGUCGAUGCAGGUAUACUGGUAUAAAAGUACCUUAGACUGGUGUAUCUUAUUCCUCUUCCCACAAAUGCUUACACCAGUGUAACUGUGUCUACACUAGGGGUAUGUGUUCACUACCAAUGUCAAAGCGCUGCCGCAGCAAGUGCUUUACUGUACCUGUGUAGUCGCGGCCCCAGCGCUGGGGGAGAGAAAAAAACCACUCCCAUGCGAGGAGUAGCUAAUGUGGCUCCCAACGCUGGUGCACUGUCUACACUACCGCUUUACAGCACUGAAACUUGGUUUUUUUGCACUCCUGAGCGAGAAUGUUUCAGUGCUGUAACGUGGCCGUGUAGACAAGGCCUCAGAGGGUUGUAUAGCUAUAUAUCAGUAUAGUUAGUGGUACAGACAAGCCCUAAUUCAAUCAGAGCUGCCGUGUUAUUAACAUUUCCCAACAGGAAGUCUGUUCUCAUGCCUUAGUUACAGAGACAGGACCCAAAGUAUUUCAAUAAAAUACCUAGCCCUUGUAUAGCUCUCUUGAUCUGUAGAUCUCAAUGCACUUUAAAAGGGAGUCAGCAUUUUACAGAUGGGAAACUAAUAAAGGCACCAGAAAGUUAGCCACCUAAAUCGAGAAUUGGGCACCUUAAAUCAGUGCCCGGAUUUUUUGGAGCUGCUGAACACCUGGAUCUCCUGUUGACUAGGGUGUCAGUUGUGAGAUACUCAACAUCUCUGAAACUUUGGCUAUGUAUAGCAGUGCCCCCUUUUGGAGCCCAGGCUGGAAAGUGUUGGCCAGGGAGGAUAGCUGAACAUAUGAAAAGCCGUGCAGUUGCCUGAUGUCCUGUUACUAAAAAAUAAUCAGUUAAUGUUAUGCAUGUUAAACUACUAUUAAUACAUUUUAAAAUAACACAACUGCUUUGAGAAUGACUCCUGCUCCCAGACAUUCCCUGUGUCCCAAACUGUCAUUCAGCUUUCAAGGUGGCAGCUUUUCCUCAUUCGUUCUUAACUGUUUGUAUUCAGACUGUUUACAAAUUAUUGGUGAUGACCUUUCUCUCUCAUAAUAAUAAAGUGCUGUAAGAGCUACGGUGCUAUGCAAGCAGGAAUCCUUCCAAUACCCCCAUGUACCUAUCUGAGAAGGUUCUUGAAGGUGGCUGAAAUAUUGUGUGGGUAGCAGGAAUGUUUUAUGCUCUUGAAUAACAAUAGAAAGACCGAGUCCCUUCCAGAAAACGUAAUUUCUUACUAAAUCUCAGUACCCUUCCCCUGUUUUGCGCCUAAAUGUAUUUUCAUCCAGGAAACGUGAAAUAUCUAUGUAAUACAUGCUCCCUACUUGUAGCAUAAAGCUCACCAAAAUACUCUAUUUAUAUUUGCACUAUUUUACCGUGCUUUGGUUGGACUAAAUUAAUGACUUGUUUGUUUCCCAUGCAAAAUACAGUUGACAUUUGAAAUCUUGUGACAGGGUAACUUAGAAGGUUUAGUUUUUAAUUUGUACUGUGUUUUGGCAAAGCUUAAAUAAAAUCUUUUGUUACCAGUA